AUGGCAUCUCGCGCGUUGCGCCCGUCUGCGCGUUUUGAAUGUCCACCGGCGCGGACGGCUGCUGACUCAACCCUUGCGUUUCUCGACAGCUGGGAGAAGGAGAACAUGUCGAGCAAGGCGCUGGAGGCGGCGCGGAUAGCGUGCAACAAGUACAUGACCAAGUACGCGGGCAAGGACGCCUUCCACCUGCGCAUCCGCGUGCACCCCUUCCACGUCCUCCGCAUCAACAAAAUGCUCUCCUGCGCCGGCGCUGAUAGGCUGCAGACGGGCAUGCGAGGGGCGUUUGGGAAGCCGCAGGGAGUGUGUGCGCGCGUGGCCAUCGGGCAGGUGCUGCUGUCGGUGCACUGCAAGGAGGCCAACGCCGCUGUCGCCGCAAAGGCACUGCGCCGCGCCAAGUUCAAGUUCCCCGGGCGCCAGAAGGUCAUUGCCAGCCGCAAGUGGGGCUUUACGAAGAUUGCACGCGCUGCCUUUGUGAAGUGGAAGCAGGAGAACAGGCUGGUGCACGACGGAGUCAACGCCAAGCUGCUGGGCAACCACUGCCCACUUGCUAACAGGAAGCCAGGCCAGGCCUUCCUCACCCUGCCAGAGAAGCAUGAUGCUUAA